AUGCCUCGUGUGGUUUCACAGAAUAAAUAUCUAAUCUCCUCCAUAAUCUUCUUGUUUCAACAAGUGGUGAAGUUGUGGGCAAAGGCAUGCGCCUGUGUUGCUCUCUCCAUCUUCCUCAUAGUUUGCAUCCCCUUUUUGAUCCUUGUGCUUCUACCCUUCUUCACUUCUUUUCUAUGGGCACUUUUUCUUUGCAGCAGAAGCAGCACAUCCCAUUUCGAGUGUGAUUAUAAUCACAAGAUUAACAAUAAUGAUAAUGAGUUAAUAGCCAAGUCUCUUGAGGAUAAGCAGGAGAGCGUUGACUUGGAUCCCUCUGAGCUUCCAUGUCUGUAUGAAUCUGAUUUUGAUAUUGAAGAAGAUCAUCAAGAGAUCAACAGCGAAAGAAGGGUCAAGGAAGGGACGACGGGUCAUAUUCGCACUUACCAGAAGGAAGGCUCAUGGCAAGUUGUGGUUUCAAAGCCUGCCCUGAGCAAGAAGAGAGAGCCUCAAUCGUUCUAUGAUGUUUUGUCGUUUUGGAAAUGCAAGGAGAAAGGGCAGGAGACAUAG